GCUGAGCCGCGGCCGGCGCUCCCGCUGGCCCUCCUCUCUCGACGGCCAUGGGCAAGAGCCGGACGAAGCGCUUCAGGCGGCCGCAGUUCUCCCCGACGGGCGACUGUCAGGCGGCGGCGGGCUGCGGGCUGGAGGCGGAGGAGGCGGAGGAGGAGGAGGACGGGCCCGCGGCCGAGCUGCUGGAGAAGCUCCAGCACCCGAGCGCCGAGGCCCGCGAGUGCGCGUGCGCCGGCCUGGCCCGCCUGGUGCAGCAGCGGCCCGCGCUGGCCGGGCUCGCGCGGAGGGACGCGGUGCGGCGCCUCGGGCCGCUGCUGCUGGACCCCAGCCUGGCCGUGCGGGAGACGGCGGCCGGCGCGCUCAGAAACCUCAGCGCCUGUGGAGGCUUUGACGUCUGCGAUGACAUGGUCACCAAGGACAUCAUGACGCCUCUGGUCGCGCUGCUGAGAGAGUGUAGUGCCGGACUGGAUGCAAAUGAGACCUCUCCACGGGAAAAAAAAGAUCAGAACAGAAAUUCUGUUGAGGCCAUAGCCAACGAGGCGGUGAACGUGCUGUGGAAUAUAUGUGAAUGCAGUAGUAGAGCAGUAUCUAUGUUCAACAAAGAAGGGUGUUUGGAGAUUGUAUUAAAGUAUUUAAGUAGGUUUUCCACCAAUGUUGACCUGGCUAUUUCAGUAGCCUAUUGUUUGCAGACAGUGACUGAAGAGAACCCGGAGCUGCUGAAAGCCUUCAGUGCCCCGGCACUGCAGGUGCUGGAGGCAGCAAUGCUCUGUCCCGGCACGUCCAUGGAGUACUUGCUCUUAAAGACCUUAGUGGCAGGCACGGUUUGGAAUGUAAAGGACAUUAUCCCAUCCAAAAGUCAGGCGGAAACCAUCAAUGCCAUACUCAAGAUCCUGUCGGGAGUCUUGGAGAUGGAUGCCGGGGAAAUGGUUCUGCAGAUGAAGGAGGCCGAGGCCCAGAGGCUCAAAACUGCCGCGGAGACUGAGGAGCUCCUGGACAGUGCUCACGGAGCUGCGGCUGUGAUCGAAGAUGAUGAAAUGGAUGGAGUCUCUCCUAAGAGAAAAGUCAGAAGGAAAACGUUCGUUUCAGAUUUACUUCCACCCACGGAGACGGAGCUGAGAGGGGCUGUGGCGCUGCUGACGGCCCAGCAGACGGCCCUGGAGAUCAUCGUCAACAUGUGCUGCAGUGAAGAUCCCUCCGAUGACGAGUGGGACGAGCUCUCCAGCAGCGACGAAAGCGACGCCUUUAUGGAGAACUCUGUCGGGGACGGCGGGGGCCAGCUGCUCUCUCCCCUCUGCCUCUCGCAUGAGGUCCACACUGCGCUCACCCACCACCUCAUCCCCAAGACGAUUUUUGAGAAGACCGCCUUUCCGAACAGCACUGCCGUUGACGUUUGUUCCCGACACCCCACUUGGAAACCUUUGAUUAGAAAGAUGAACACCAUCCAGUGCCGGGCUCUCACGUGUCUGCAGAGUCUGGUCUCCCUCCUGGAUGUGGACCACCUGGGAGGAGCCCCAGCCCUUCAGACCCUCGCCCAGCACCUGUCCCAGCUGCUUUUCUCUCAGCCAGAUUUUGCUAAGCACGUUGACUUCCUGGAAGCCAUAAGCAGUGCCUUGAGGGCCCUUUUGCAAACAAUGGCCUCCAAAAACAUUUCUCAGUGCAUGACUCCUGACCAGCUGAUGACGUUAUGCAAAGCCGGCAUUUACAGUAGUAACGUUGGGGUUCGGGUGAAUGUUGUCAGUAUUCUAGGGAUCACCGGCAGUGUCCUAGCCAAAGAAGAUGGCACGCUUGAAACGCUGAAGACCAUCGGAUGCUUCCUGCUUGAGGUUGCCACGAAAGACCCUUCCUUGGUAGUUGCGGGAGAAGCUUUGGAUGCUCUCUUCGAUGUUUUUGCGGACGGGAAAGAAGCCGAAAGGGCCUCGGUUCAAAUUAAGUUGUUGUCUGCACUGAAAGAAUUCCAGCCCGUCUUCAAAACGAAGAUACGAAAAGAAGGGAGAGAAAAAUGCAGCCCAGAGCAAUUGUGUGUUCUUGACAAUGUGAAGAUGAACUUGAGAAGGUUCGUUGCUUACCAGGAAACUGUUGAAAAAAGACUGAUGUGUUGAGCCUUUGGACGAGAGACCCGCCCGUGUCCACCCGCCGUUUCCAGAGCCAAAGAACUCUACAGGGAUUCCGCAAGGCUGGCUAUAUGUUUCUAAAGUGUCAUUUUAAAAUAUCUGUAUUCCUACUUUGAAUUGAAAUUCUCAAUGUCUGUGAGAAGUUCCCUUUAAUCUCUGAAAUCAGUUGGUUUCCGGUCCUUUCUAAAUCCUGUUUCUGGUGUGUAUUAUUAAGCCGGAAGCAUCAGGGACUUCUUCAGGGUCUUCUCAGGUGGUUCUUUGUGAGUGCUGAAGAAACUCAGAAGCAGUCUUGUUUUCCUGGGCCGGUGAGAUCAGGGGUGUGGGGUGUAAGGCGCUUGCCUCACAUGCCCCUGACCCCAUUUCCACCAACCUUGCCAACCAGGCAUUACCAGCAGUGCUCCUUGAGCACUGCCAGGUGCGACCCAACGCCGCCUCCUCCCCCAAAUAGUUUCAAAGCAAACAAACAGAAAAAUCAUGUUUCCCUUGAAUUUUGCCAAUGAAAAUUCAGAGCAUUGCUUCGACGGUCUUUUAAGCCAGUAUCACCUAAUAGUAACUGAAUCUUAACUGAUCUAGGAAGAGACACUUUUAUAAAUUUAUAAAAUACUUUCGUAUGAAACAUGCCAAUCAUGUUUGCGUUUGCGAAGAAUUGAAAGGAGUCGGAUCUGUUUUCUUACCUGACAGAAUGUGCUAAAGAGAUCAUGAAGUCAGUUAUUGAGCUGGUCAGUUAUUGCUCUGAAUAUCACUCCAUGAUACGGAAUCAGAAUUGGGAUGAAAUAUUUUUUAAUAAAUAGCUUUUAAUUAAAA